CUCACACCGCUUCCGAGGCUCUUGGAGGGAGGACGGAUAAACGGCGCUGACGGUACCGGAUUUGAUACUCGAAGGAGGGGAGGGAUGCUACGGUGAUUUCCCUUCUUUUCUCUCCCGACACACACCACCAUCACCACUCCUCUUCAUCACUUCAAUCUCGGAACCUUAAUCCAGACGCACUACUGCUCUUUUAUUAUUAUUAUCAUUAUUAUUAUUAUUAUUAUUAAUACUCAUCUUUGAACCCAUUUGGUUGGUUUUUGCCUCUGCGCUCCAGCGGAUAAAAAAAAAAAAAAAAAAAAAAACAGAACAUUUUGGGUUUUUUCUCCCACCUCUUCUCCAAGCGCACACAAACAGAAAAAAACUGGGUUUUCAAUCAGUGGAUGUGUUGGACAUCUGAUACAAGAAGCAAUACUUGCUAAGAGAAGUGAUCGUUUUCGGCUGGCUUGUAUGUAUUGGGGGAAUUUCCUUGGAGAGACGGACUGCGCACGGAGUCUCUCACUUCCACUUCCACUUCCAAGGCAGAUCUGUGUCGCCGUGCAGAGGAGAAAACCCUCAACGUAUCCGACACCAGUAAUGAGCUAAAGGCCCUGCCAUCAGAGGAGAGAGGGAGUUAACCAAUUGUGAGAGAAGACGAAGAAGAAACGAGGAGAAGAAAGGCAGUAACGUGACAGUCGGUGAUGAGUAUCCGCACCAACUGGCCCCUUCUCAGCUAAUGAACUAGGAAGUUCAUCAACAACAUUUCGUUAGCAAAAACAGGAUACUGCCUCAGUGGGAGCGGAGCUCCACUGAGAGGAACCAGAAAGUAGGGGGCGGAGUGAAGUGUACGGUCGCUCAGGUUGGGCACGAUGGCGAUGCGGCAGGGUCUUGGGCCGCUGAGGGCCUUCCUGGUGCUGGUGGGAGUUUCUGCGCUCUGUAGCGUUGCAUUAGGAACCCGGAAAGGAAACGCUUCUUUGGAUCAAAGAAGCCACAGACACAGACAUCCAGGUCACUUGUCGCUGCAUAGACACAAACAGAGGGCGGGGAAGGAGGGACAGGUGCUCCACAGGUCCAAACGAGGAUGGGUCUGGAAUCAGUUCUUCGUCAUUGAGGAGUACACUGGGCCUGACCCAGUUCUGGUGGGCAGGCUCCACUCAGACGUAGAUUCAGGCAAUGGCAACAUCAAGUACAUCCUGUCCGGCGAAGGUGCGGGUACGAUCUUUGUCAUCGAUGACAAGACGGGCAACAUCCACGCCACGAAAACCCUGGACCGUGAGGAGCAGGCCCAGUACACUUUAACAGCCCAGGCCGUGGACAGAGACACUAAUAAGCCUCUGGAGCCUCCAUCAGAGUUCAUAGUGAAAGUUCAAGACAUCAACGAUAAUCCUCCUGAGUUUCUUCACGGGCCGUACUAUGCCAGGGUGCCUGAGAUGUCCAAUGUUGGUACGUCAGUGAUGCAGGUGACAGCUACAGAUGCUGAUGACCCCACCUACGGCAACAGCGCCAGGCUGGUGUACAGCAUACUGCAAGGACAACCCUAUUUCUCUGUGGAGCCUCAGACAGGUAUAAUCCGUACUGCCUUGCCAAACAUGGACCGUGAGGCUCGUCAGGAGUAUGAUGUUGUCAUCCAGGCCAAAGACAUGGGCGGUCACAUGGGUGGGCUGUCAGGGACCACUGAGGUUAAAAUCACCCUCACAGACGUCAACGACAACCCUCCAAAGUUCCCACAGAGUGUGUAUCCCAUGUCUGUAUCGGAGGAUAAAGUGCCAGGAGAGGAGGUGGGCCGUCUCAAGGCCAAAGACCCUGACCUCGGAGACAACGGGAUGGUGAAAUAUCGCUUAACGGAUGGAGAUGGACUGAGCAUGUUUGAACUGAGCACUGACUCCGAGACCAAAGAGGCUGUUAUUAAACUGAAGAAGCCGGUGGACUUUGAGACUAAAAGGUCGUACACUUUGAAGGUGGAGGGAUCCAACCCUCAUGUCGACCCUCAGUACCUUGCUUGGGGGCCUUAUAAGGACGAAGCCACAAUAAAGAUAUCAGUGGAGGAUGCAGAUGAGCCGCCAGUGUUUGUAGCUCCCAGUUACACUUUUGAGGUGGAAGAGAACGCGCCUGAAGGCACCCUGGUGGGACGAGUCCACGCCAAGGACACUGAUGUUGCCAACAAUCCCGUCAGGUACAUGAUCCCUCUGUACACAGACGUCGAGCAGUUCUUCAGCAUAAGCGCAGAUGACGGCAUGAUCACCACGACAAGACCAUUGGACAGAGAGACGCAGCCCUGGCAUAAUAUAUCUGUGUCAGCCACAGAGAUAGGAGGUCAUCACCAAGACACCAAAGUGCGUGUGAACAUUAAAGUUAAAGAUGUGAAUGACAACGCCCCGGAGUUUGCCACCAACAACGAAGUCCUCAUGUGUGAAACUGUCGCGCCGGGGAAGGUUAUUGAAACCGUAAGCGCAGUGGACAAAGAUGAGAUGGCUCACAGACAACACUUCACCUUCAGCCUCGCUCCGGAGGUCACCCACAACCAAAACUUCUCCCUCAAAGACAACAGAGACAGCACAGCCAGUAUCUAUGUGCUCCGUAAAGGAUUCAGCCGGGUGACCCAGGACGUUUUCUACCUUCCCAUUGAGAUAAACGACAACGGCUUCCCCGCCAUGAGCAGCACCAACACCCUGACCAUCAGAGUGUGUUCCUGUGACAGCAGAGACACCAUCCUGUCCUGUAAUGUGGAGCCCUACGUCCUACCUGCUGGUCUCAGCACCGGGGCGCUGAUAGCUAUACUGGCCUGUAUUGUCAUUCUGCUGGCGAUUGUGGUGUUGUUUGUUGCACUGAGGCGUCAAAAGAAGGAGCCGUUGAUAGUGUUCGAGGAGGAGGACAUCAGGGAGAAUAUUAUCACUUAUGACGACGAGGGAGGUGGUGAGGAGGACACGGAGGCUUUUGACAUUGCAACACUGCAGAACCCAGACGGUGCCAACGGUUUCCUGCCAAGAAAGGACAUGAAACCGGAGCUUCAGUAUCCCAUCAGGCCCGGCGGCCGUCCUGCAGCCAACAGCGUCGACGUUGAUGACUUCAUCAAGACUCGAAUUGCAGAGGCUGACAGCGACCCGACUGCGCCGCCCUACGACUCCAUUCAGAUCUACGGAUACGAGGGCAGAGGAUCAUUGGCUGGGUCACUGAGUUCCCUCGAGUCUGUCACAACAGAGUCUGACUUGGAUUAUGACUAUCUGCAGAGUUGGGGGCCGAGGUUUAAGAAGCUGGCAGAUUUGUACGGGACCAAAGACUGCUUCCUUAACGAUGGUGACGAUGGUGAAGACUCUUAACAGCGGUCUUUUCUGAGUGGACGCCCCAGAUUUCUGAUUUAUUGAUUCCAUGAGGAUUUGUUAACUGAGGGUUAACACUCCCCAGUACCCAAUUGUUACCACCUGAUCGGUUCAUGCCAAUGUGUCAACGGACGUUAACAGCUCUCCCUUCCAUGGCGCCUCCCUGGUCCUCCAAGAUGAUUUGUUAAUGAACACAUAAUAAACGCUUGGACUCCGCUCCCCCAAAUCUCUCCUUCCCCGCCUACAGUAUGUCUCCUUCCCUCUCUCUUUCUACAGACUUGAGCAUCGCAGGGCUGGGAGAUUUGUUAUGUCACCAGUUUGUCAGUUUGAAAGUAAAUUGUUGGGAAAAAAAUGUUGCUGUGUGAUCAAAAUGACUUGCUUAUAGCUAACUGUUUAGUUUCUUAGAGGUUCUAUAUACUUUCUGUGGACUGGAUUCACGUACAUCCUCAACGGUUCCUGAGAGAGAUUUUAUUCCCUUAACAACAGGUUCCUGAGCGGGUGUGCUUCACUUAGUUGCUCUCUUUGUGGUGUACGUAAAAUACACACGGAAAGAGAGGACGAGAGAUACAAGCUGAUGAAAAGAAAAAGUUAGAACGGGAUCCAGUAACUACCUGAAGUUAUGAAAGAGAAAUAAAAGGUAAUAAUGAUGCGUCGGUAAGGUGAUACAACAAAAUGCUUUUUUUCAAAUUUUUUGUUGUGUGUGCAGAAUUCAGCAGGUACUGUGGUUUAGACAGCAUGACAGACUCUGGGUUGUUGAUACUUUGAAGGCGCUCACAGCAUCUUCACAGUAUGGUGGCCUUAUAAUAAAUAAACAACAACUCCAGGGGUAAACACAACAAGAGUAACGAUAGAGACCGCUAGCUUCAGUAGCUACACAGACAAAAUGAACCCACGCGGACUGAGUAUCUGUGAAAACGCUACACGAAUACCUUUUUUUUCUACUCCCAAAAAGACUCAACUUGGACUCAAUUUAAAAAGAAACAAACUGUGGAUGAUUCUUUGUUUUCAUUCUUCACUGCAGAGAAGACGUGAAAAGAAAAGCUGCCCUUCUCCACGCCCCCCUGUGUCC